GAAGUGCUUUGCUCAGAAGUGGUACCCACUCUUGCUGGAAGCAGAAGGCAUCACCAGAGCCUCUUGCAGCAUCGUUGCUACGCAUCUAUUUGCUACAGAAACAUGGCUAGCCAGACCCAGGGAAUUCAGCAGCUGCUGCAGGCAGAGAAGAGGGCUGCAGAGAAGGUGGCAGAGGCCCGAAAACGAAAGGCCAGGCGGCUGAAGCAGGCCAAAGAAGAAGCCCAGGCUGAAAUUGAGCAGUAUCGCUUGGAGCGUGAGAGAGAAUUCCAGCAAAAACAACAGGCGGCUCUGGGCUCGCAGGGGAAUCUGUCCGCAGAGGUGGAGGCUCAGACCCGCAAAAAACUGCAAGCUAUGCAUGGAGGGCAGGCUCGGGGCAAGGACCAGGUCUUGCGUCACCUUCUCACUACUAUAUGGAAUGUACAGCCCCUAAUUCACCCCAAUUACCGCCUGGCUGUCUAAAAGGCCUAGUACCCCUGCCUGCAGUUGUCUGAUGGACUAUUGAUGUACUCCUUAUUCUCCAUACAAUACACUUUAGAUGCCCAAAUAGAAGUUCUCUAUUUCCACCUAUAACUUCACUGAAUCAAACAGGUCUAACAUCCUGUGCUCCCUGAGGCUUCUCAUUCAUCCUUUCUCCUUCUUUUAUUGUCUCUUGAAUCAAGGCUGUGAAUUGCAUUUGAUAGUCUAAGUCAGGAGUGGGCAAAUGUGGCCCUUUUACAACCUGUGGACUUCAACUCCCAGAAUUCUUGAGACAGCCAAGCUAUCUCAGGAAUUCUGGGAGUUGAAGUCCACAGGUUGCCCACCCCUGGUCUAAGUAAUCCAUUAUGCCCAAAAGAUGCAAAAGCAAGCAAUCAACUUUCUAUUCAUUACUGGACACUGACUGCACACUACAUACAAACACACACACCGGUUUUCAAAGUAGAUCUAUAGAUUAUUCUCUAUUCCCCAGGAUUACAGGUAGUCCUCAAUUUACAACCAUAAUCGAGCCUGCAAUUAUGGUUAUAACUGUGACGGGUCAUUAAGCAAGUCAUUAUGUGACCGCUUCUGAUUUUAUGAUAUAUAUUUUUUGCAGUAGUCAUUAAGCAAAUGCCAUGGUCAUAAAGUAAACCCACUGUUUGCUAUCUCUGUUGUUUUCUGGAAGUAAACUGGAAGUAAAUGCUAGUUUCCAACAAAAAAAAACAUCGUAACUCGUGCUUACACAUCCACAAGCACACUGCACUGAGCUAUAAGCAAGCCAAUUGGGAAGCAUCCAAAAUGCGAUCAUAUGGCCACAGGUGUGUGCAUGCGAACUUUGAAUCCAGAUUGUCACUUUUUCAGGCUUCGUCAGAAUUUUGAACAGUCGUUAAGCAUCUGGAUGUAAGUCGAGGACUACCUGUAGUUGUUUUGGGUUUUUUGGCUUAGUUUUCAUUUUUAAAGGGGCUGUAAAAUCCAAAGAGCUGAUCCCUCCAAAACAGAUCCACUUUCUUUCACAACCCAGUGCUGGAUAUUUCCUUCCGUAUUACACAACCGUGUGGCAGGAAAAAACAUGUCUGGAAAUGUGAAGGUUGCAAGGUUACCCUUGUGUUACUUGCUACAUGUAUUUGUGUGCUGAGACUGAGAGGUUCUAUUUAUGCUUCAUUGUACCCUUCAUUGUACAUUGUGCUUCAUUAAUUUGUUUCCUUCCUAUGAUCUCGACAAUCUUGUUUAUCCGUAACUGAACAGUUCAAUAAAAACGGCAGGCAGUUAAACAAGGAGGAAAAAAAUGUAGUGUUUUGUUUUUCUUUUGACAGUUCUGCAGCAGGCGGGAUCGUGGUACAGGUAUAGUCCUCAACUUAUGACCACAAUGGAGCCCAAAAUUUAUGUUGUUAAGUGAUAAAUUUGUUGAGUAUUGGCCAAUU